AUGGCAGAGACACUCCGCCGGGAAGAACCGCCGCCCGACUUAACCGAUUUCAUGAACGACAUGUUUUUCGGAACAGCAGACACUCACCAGAAAACCUACGACCUUACUGGAGGAGUUGGUGUGAGUAUGGAUGAGGAGGAGGAGGAUGAUGGGUUUGAUGACAGUACUAGAAGUAACAGUGCAAGGUUGACGCAAGAAUGGUUGCAAGAAGCACGACGCGUCGUUGCUUCUUCUCCUUCACGUAGUGAAUCUCCUGGACGCCUUUUGGGUUCCCCUCGCUUUGCGUCGCCUUCAAAAUCAUUGCUCCCGUCUUCUGAUCGGACAGAUGCUCUUUCUAGGACUAGGUCCGCCAGAAGAUACAGAACAGUGGAAGGGAUCAGUGAUGAGAUACUCUCCAAGACAGCAAAACACACCCGCAACAAAUCCGAUACAUUUUCUUCUCAACCUUCAACACACGGGGAUGAAUCCCCUGCAACGGCAGUACACAAAUGGUUUUCCAACAUCCUCAAACCCAACCACAACAAUAACAAUAACAAUACCAAUAACAAUAGCAACAGUAAUAAUAACACACCACCACCUUCUCCUGAUUCCCUCCCUCCACGUCAGCCUCUUUCUCGAAAAUCCCGCUUCAAAACUGAACCCUCCGCUGCACCUCACCCACAGGGAAUCCAGCCUCCUAAUUAUAAUUCCAGAAGAACAUUCAAGACUUCUGCACCGUCGCCGGAGAAUCCAAUCCGGCGGCCUACCCCGACGUCCGAUUCUCUACCACUCUCCCCACCAAGGAACCUCGUGGAGUCUGCUUAUCGAAGAACGAUAUCGUCUUCAACUUGCUCGUCAGAGAAGAUAGUUCCGGUGAAGCGUUUCACAAAGGAAGAAGAAGAAGCCACUGAAGAUUAUAGCCUCAACGGGUUUUUGAAAGAGCAGAGGAAUCUGUUUCAGAGAUUCUCUGAGGGAGAGAUUCCUGCAAAUGUCAAAAUCAAAAUUGUGCUUUCUGGAGCUUCUAAUAGUACGACGUCAAUGGUGGCUGCUAUUUGCCAUGCGUGGCUAUUGGGUUAUAGACAAAGAGAGAAUGAUGACGGUAGAAAAGAACACGUUGUGGUGGUGCCGGUGAUGAAUGUGAAGCGAGGUGCUAUGUGUAACCUCAAGCAAGCUGCAUGGCUCUUUCAUCAUGCUGCUCUUGAUGCCACCUCUUUGCUUUUCAUUGAUGAGGUGGACAUGGAAAGCCUUUUGGUGACUGGUAAACUGAGCGUCCUUGUGGUUGGAAAAGAUAUCUUAAACGCAACUAACGAGGUUGGAUCUCAAUGCACUGUUCUAACAGAUAAUUACUGUGAGGAUGCAUAUGAUCUGCUUCAAAACUCUGUGUUGAAGAAACUAUUGCUUGCUGGUAUUCUGCUAGACACGCAGAACCUAAAAGCUUCAACAUCAGUAUCAAUGACAAGAGAUGCUGAGGCUGUCCAGCUGCUAUUGGUUGGCUCGGCUCCAAACUACAGAUAUGCUUUAUUUGAUCAGUUGAUGCAAGACCAACAAUCUUCUUCUUUUGUCGAAGCGUUGAACCAUAACUAUUGGAAGCUCCCUGAUGAAAGUGACCAAAAUAGUGAAGGAAACAUGGAGCAUAAAGUUCGCGAGAGAAAAUCAAGCUCUACAUCCGACCGUGAAACUACCAUGCUAAGUUCAAGAACAAAUUCCACCGACGCCAAAGUCAAACUAGCAACACCAGUUUUGCAAUCUUCUAGCCCAGCAACAUCGUCAAAUGCAGAAAAGGAAGCCGCUCGAGGGAAAAACAAAUUCUUCUUGGCUAGGUGGUUUGGAUUUGGUUCAAGAUGA